UUUUGGGGGAGAGUUUACACGCUCACAGGCAAGGAUUAUCUGGUAGCGCAGGGCUGCAAUGGGAUCCAGACCUCGGACGAUCGUAUCAAUGUCGAUGUGAAGUGCUACUACAGCUUGGAUGGAGCAAAGUGGCUGGAUCUUCAGCCUCUCACGGAUGAUGCUUACGACAUUUGCAAGACUAUCCAGGGAGGAUUUAAAGGCGAUCCCAGCCAAAGGUACAAGGCUCUUGUUCGUGUCCCUCCGCCACCUCCGACGCCACCAGCUCCUCCAAGUAAAAACUCGGCCCUCGCUUUCGCUUUCGCUUCCUCAACAAGAACAUAAGAAGCGGCUGCUCCUAUAGAGGGUGAGAAUCCAGACGCACCAAAGGUGGAGGAAGUUGAGAAGCCGGCAGAGGCCGAGGUGACCACGGACAAUCCGGAGGGACAGGAAGAAGAGGAAGAAGGCGAGGAAGGCGAAGAGGGCGCAAAGAAGAAAAAGAAAAAGAAGGAUCCCAACAUGAAGACUGUGGAAUUUGGCGAGCUGGACAGGCUCUCCGCCUUGAUAAGAGCAGUCGACGAGGAGUGCGGAGUGAUGCCAGUGAAUGCGCUGGUCCUAAACGCCAGGAAACAGCUCGUUCCAAACACACUGUUCUCAGGAGUUAAGUUCCCAGAGAAGCUCGAUUCCUAUGGUCAUCUCUAUCAGCGCUACGAAGACACUCUUCUCUCCAAAGACAUCACAGGAUCAUGGAGCGUCCAAAUGACUCCCAUCACCGGAGAUGUGAUCCUGCGAAGCCUUUGGUGGCCUGGAUACUCCUUCUACUACAACGCGUCUACCAAGGCGUAUGGCUCCUUGUACUUUGGAAUGGGAGACAAGAACCUCGACUUCGCGUUCAUGGUUGGCUGAGUAGCGGUGGAGUGUAGCAUCUUUCACUGUAACAUACUCGCGAGAUCAAACGCAACCUUUGAUUCACACAAAAGCUUGGAGCUCGCGAGGCUAGCGUAAAUCUCUCUUAGAUACCGCGCUUAUAGCGAAGGCAUUAAUAAAUCCACAGCUAGAAGUACAAGGAAAGGCAAGGGGAAGGGGCGCUAGGGCAGGAGGAUGGAAUUCCGGAAAUAAAAAGGGCGAGCGAUCGAUCCAUUCCAGGUUUUUAGGGCUGUGGAUCUUCCCAUGGGGAGCUUGUGCUGCUGCCCGGUUCCAGAGAAUGUGGAGGAGCUCGUCUCCUACCCCAAUGGCACGCUCUACCAGCGCUGUGCUUGUCUCCAAGGCUGCAUGAGAUGGCUCCUCUUCUGGUACGCGUCGAUGUUCGAGAGGAUUGGGCCGGGCUUGCCAUCGACUCAUCAGUCGCCUCCAUCGGCGUCCGGGUUGGUGGUGUCCACGCCGCGCUCCUCCGACUCGCUCGACACUUUCAGAGCUCCUCCGCGGCCGCUGCCUUACGACGUGGAUGCCAGAUACGUGAGGCUGCCGCGCGAUGGCUUGGUUUCCAGGAGGGACAAGAUUGGGAUGAGCCACUACAGUAGCGAGAGCGGUGGCGGCGGCGGCGGCGAGGCGCUGGCGCUGCUCCCCCGGCAGAGCUCCGACUCGGCGGCGGCGGCGGAGCACGCCGAAGACUCGGACUCGAUCGACAAGCAGCAGCUCCAGCAGCAGCACUCGUCCAAGCUUCUGACCAAGUCGGAGUCGAUGCUGUCGCUCAUUGACGACGAAGACGCGUGCCCGACUUGUCUCGAUGUAUAUACACCCGAGAAUCCCAAGAUCAACACCGAGUGUGGCCACCACUAUCACCUCGCUUGCAUCCUGGAAUGGAUGGAGAGAAGCAAGCACUGCCCAGUCUGUGACAAGGAGAUGGUGUUUCACGAGAGCACGGUGGCGUGACUGGCUGGUUCCUGCGAGGAGGAAUUUGUAUAUAACACUCGAUGGAAGAAGAAGAAGAACAAAGAAGAAGGAAGAACACAUUUGUAAGUAGUAGUAUACCAGGUGCUGUGCUAGACAAAGAGUGGAGAAUGGCGAUUCCACCAUGUUACAGCGAGCGCAUUGCUUGAGGUGCUUUAAUCGAGUCGCCCACCAAUGGAAGGAACAAUUUAAUACAAAGCGUUUUAACUAAA